AUGGCUUACUCCAUCCUGAUUUCGCUGGUGACGGGCACCGUCGCCGCCGCCGCCGCUUCGGUUGAUGUGAUCCCCAUGCAAUUGCGCCUGGCCUAUGCGGGCCCAUCCGGCAUGAUGGUGAGCUGGAACACCUACUCCAGACUGCCUCUACCCACGGUGCGCUACGGCCGCCAUCCGGAAGUCUUGAACCAGGUCGCGACAUCCACGGUCUCGUCCACCUACCAUACCUCAACCACCUACAACAACCAUGUCGCUCUCCAUGGUCUACAGUCGGAUACGAUCUACUACUUCCAGCCCGAGUACAGCAAUUCAAGCAUGCCUUACUCAUUCAAGACCAGUCGCGAGAAGGGUGACCAAACCGCGUACUCUAUCGCCGUGGCUGUUGACAUGGGCCUGAUGGGCCCGAGGGGCCUGACGACGCAUGUGGGCGAUGGUGCUGCCAAUCCGCUGCAGCCAGAUGACAACAACACUAUACAGUCGCUCCAGGCACAGGGCGCCGAUACCGAUUUCUUGUGGCACCCCGGUGACAUUGCCUAUGCCGACUACUGGCUCAAGGAGGAGAUCCAGAACUUCCUUCCCAACACCACCAUCCACGACGGGUACAAGGUGUACGAGGCGCUGCUGAACGCGUAUUAUGACGAGCUCACCCCUAUCACCUCCCAGAAGCCGUAUAUGGUAGGCCCCGGCAACCAUGAAGCGAACUGUGACAAUGGCGGCACUACGAAUAAAGCAACCGGACAGUCCUACGAUGUCUCCAUCUGCCUCCCAGGUCAGACCAACUUCACUGGCUACCGCCACCAUUUCCGGAUGCCCAGUCAGCAGUCCGGUGGUCUGGAGAACUUCUGGUAUUCCUUCGACCAUGGCAUGGUCCACUACGUGCAGCUUGACACUGAGACCGACCUAGGCCAUGGUCUCAUCGCCCCUGAUGAGCCCGGUGGUUCGGAGGGCGAGGACAGCGGCCCGUUCAGUGACGUGAAGAAUGCGCAGCUCAAAUGGCUGCAGCGGGACCUUAGCUCCGUGAACCGUCACGUUACCCCGUGGAUCAUUGUUGCCGGUCAUCGUCCCUGGUACAUCAGCGCCUCCAACAAGAGCAGCACGAUAUGCGAGGAGUGCCGCGAGGUGUUCGAACCUCUCUUCCUCGAGUAUAACGUGGACCUGGUGCUGUCUGGCCACGUACAUGCGUAUGAGCGCAACGCCCCCGUCAACAACUUCAAUAGUGAUCCCAACGAGCUGAAUAACCCUAGCUCCCCGUGGUAUAUCACCAAUGGUGCAGCGGGCCACUACGACGGCCUGGAUUCACUGGUGUACCCGCUGCAGCCGUACUCGCGCUCUGCGCAGGACACCGCGUAUGGAUGGAGCAAGCUCACUUUCCACAAUUGCUCGCAUCUGACGCAUCAGUUUGUGAGUAGUUCGAACGGCACGGUGCUGGAUACGGCCACCCUUUUUAAAGAUCGGAAGUGCUAG